AUGACGACCCUCACGAAACCCCACUAUGUCGAUUACAGGGCCAAUCUUGUGAUCAGACCGUACGUGCUGACGGGUGGGUCGUCCUACAUGUUCCGGCUUUCAGCGGUGGAUACCGCUUCCGGAGAAACAGCCUUCGAAUCGCACCGAUAUUGCUGCGCGUGCGGUCAUAUACACCUUUCAGGCUUUGCGGAAAUACAUUUUGAUGUGAACGCACCUCCGUCGGGGGGAUACGUCCAAGCAACCCCAAGGGCAGGGGUUGCAGCCAUUGACAUGUUUUCUCUGGAGGCUUUGCUAUGGGAAGACGACAUCGAAGAUCUUCCGUUGAAAGUUUCCUUCUUCUACGUCGCGGGUCAGCACCAAUUCGACCCUCUCCAGGACGAAACGGGAACACAGCGCAGCUUGUCGCUGUAUGAGGUGGAGUCUGUCGAGUGGAACGGGCCCCUGCCUGUAGGUUCGGCAGCUGACAACUACACGAUGACCAUCAUAGGUCACAUAUCUGAUAGUUACGGUGCCACAGAAACAUCAUUUUUUGAUGAGUCGGGAGAGACACUGCUCGUGCGUGUGACAGGGUGGGCGGCCUCUUCGAGCGGUUUGUCGCUGAUGAAUGAAUACACGGCUGCGGCUAGUGUCACGGAAGACAUUCCAGGGGAAACGACAUCGAUUGUCAGAGCGUUUGCCUCCCUGCUCAUCGUCGAGAUCAACAACAGUGCCGCGGCCACACCUACUGAGGAACAAGAAUUCCAGACCUUCGUAGCUACCAUGAUUAAUGCAACCGUGCGCGAGUCCACCGUGUUGGACUACUCGACGACAAUGGCCGGCGCAAUACUAGACACGAUGGUGGUUUUGUCGAGCAGCGAAAAGGCGUUGAACACGGAUUCGCAGGCGGCCAUACUGGCGUCUUCAGCGUCCAUCCUGAUCACAGCAGCCGGGGAAGGCUACUGGGACUCGGGCAUGUACACCCCUACGGUCGAGGUGUUGGACCAAGUGAUAGGGGCGUACGACGCGUCUUCAGACACCAUUGUCGGGAGCGGCGUAAUGGGCCAAGAUGCCGCGUCAAAUUUGAGGGCCAUCGUGCAGUCGAUGGUACUCCUCAUGGAGGCCGGAAUGGAAGACGGCGAAGGUGUGAUGACGAUCGAAAGUGAAUACGUGCAAGCGAGCUGUCUCGUCACUUCAAGCACGGGGAGCCUGAGUUUCGCCACCGGAACAUCAUCGGUGUCGUUCGAAGACGGCGUUAUUGCUUCUCCAUCAUCGCCAUCAACGAGGAGGCGGAUGACACCUGAAAUUGACGGGGGCUCGAAGUGCAAAUCGGGCGGAUGUGCCCGAUCGACAAGACGUAUGCCAAAAUCAUCCUCUCGUCGACUGAAUAGUGUGUCCUUGACAUCUACGUCAACGGUGGUGGUCACCAACCAGCUCUUCAAUGCCAAUGACCGACCGUCGGCUCUCGUCAACGGGGGUGUCACGCAGAUCAAAGUUUCGAGUACCAGUGACGGAGAGGACAUCGCGUUGGCAGGCCCGGUACAGCUGACAAUGAGGGCCUCAAUGGCAUCGACUGCUCAACUCCCGUCGUGCUUAUACUACAACGAGGAAACCGGCCGCUGGGAUUCAGAGGGCCUCGCUAUUGGCGCAGUUGCGGUCCCGACCAACGCGGGAGACAGCGCAGUGGAUGUCCUCGUGUCCUGUGUGACGUUUCACCUGUCGGACUUCGGUGUGGCAACCACGGAAAUCGAGCCCGUCUUCCAGCCGGUGACACUGGAGGCAGGCCUCAGUGUCGUCAGGGGAAAGGACAUCACCGUGUGGGGAUUUGUGCUGACGGUAGGUGCUCUGAUUCUUUUGGGCAUCGUCUGGAGCGUCUCGAGGAUGGCAGAUCAUCGUUCGAAAACGGCAGAAAUGCUUCAGACAAGAGCCUACGACCACUACAUCGAAACGGGACAUCCCCAGCGACUACCGACUUUGGAAGACAUCAAGGACUUGAGACAGACGCUAGAGAAGAAGCACAGGAAAAGGCGGAAAAAACGGGACGAGUCAUUUGUAAGAUACCUGAGGCGGAAGACAUUCCAACGAUUUCGGUCUUGGCUUCAAUUGAUGUGGGCACUGCUAAAGCAUGUGCUCUUCUUCCACCCUUGGGCUGGGAUAAUUGCUCCGUCUGGAACUCAUUUAACUCUCACCAGGGCGCAGGUGGGAAUAGUGACCGUACCGACAAAUGACUGCUUUACGCUCUAAGCGCGCCAUUGAGUACCUCUGCGUUCUCAUGGGUCUCGCAGUACCGUAGUGGUCACGGUCAGAGUUGCGGAUGCUACGAGGGGGCCACCAUUGCCCCAGAUACUAUCACCCAACUCUGCAGCACUUACAAGGAAAGAUGCAGCUAGAGUUCUACAUAAACGCGACUUGCUCUUUGCAAUGGGUUGCAUCGAUAUCAUACCCUUCUUUGUUUGGUUUGGCAGCUAUCGUUAGUGAUAUUCACACAAGUGAUGGUCAUCAUGAUGCUCUCCGCUGCCGUGUCGGGAAACGCCACAAGCCCGAAGGUUGAAUACGCUCAAAUUUUGGCCAGCUUAGCGGCGACGCUACCGGCCUCGAUUAUCGUUCCACGGGCGUUUGCUGCCUCGGCCACACCACCUCCUUCGGUCACCGCGAAACGCAAUUGGUUGCAGGUGGUCGCGGACACGAAAGGUAGAUCCCAAGCUUCGAAGUCAACCUCAUCAUCGGAAUACGGCUGCAAGUCAAGAUGGGUGCGCGAGUCAAAUUACUUUCUGGCAGCAGUGUACUUGGUGGUUGCAAGGAUAAGGGAAAGCAUUCCGCGCGGCAGGGUUUCACCUCCUCGGGACCCUGAUAUCGGGGACGUCCUUGCUCGGGGAACCGGGAUACUGCUGGCAGCACUGGUCCAGCUUGUGCUCAACAUCGUGUGUGGCUGUUUUUGCUUUGCCAUCGGUGCGGACCACGCCCUGGACAAAGCAUUGAGCGCCACCAUGGUCGGAAGCCAUGUUCAGAGCUUUCUGUUUUUAGAUGCAUUCUUCUCGAACAAG